GUCGAACACGAUCGAUGCAUUGAACAAUCGUGCUCGACUCGACGAUCGUGUCGAACUCGACGAUCGAGUCAGACAUUCGUGUUCUACUUGACGAAUGUGUCGGAGAAUCGUGUCGGACUCGACGAUCGUGUCACACUCAACGAUCGUGUUCGACUCGACGAUCGUGUCGGACUCGACGAUCGUGUUCGACUUCAGGACAGUGUCGGACUUGACGAUCGUGUUCGACUCGACGAUCGUGUUCGAGUCGACGAUCGCAUCGGACAAUCGUGUUCAACUCGACGAUCGUGUCGAACUCGACGAUCGUCGCAUCGUGUUCGACUCGACGAGUGUUGGACUCGACAAUCGUGUUCGACUCGACGAUCACAUCGGACAAUCAUGUUUGACUCGACGAUCGUGUCGCAUCGUGUUCGACUCGACGAUCAUGUUCAACUCGACGAUCGUGUCGGACUCGACGAUCGUGUUCGACUCGACGAUCAUGUUGGCCUCGACGACCGUGUUCGACUCGACGAUCAUGUUAGACACGACGAUCGUGUUCGACUCGGCGAUUGAAUCCAUCGUGCUCUCAACGACCGUCGAGCCCUCGACGACCGUCGUGCCGAACACGUUCGUCGUGUCGAACACUAUCGUCGAGUCGGACACGAUGUCGAACACGAUCGUCGAGUCGGACACGACAAUCAUGCUCGAACGGACGAUGGUGUGCGUUCGACUCGACGAUCGUGUUCGACUCGACGAUCGUGUUCGGCACGACGACGGUGUCCGGCUCGGCGACACAGCACUACGGCCGGUAUUCGACACGACAAUUCGCUCGGUCGUCGAGUUCAAUUCAACAACUGGCCUGAUCGCCGUGUUCGAGACAACUCCUGCUCCGGUCCAUUUUUGUGUUCGACUCAACAGUGCUCCUUCGGUCGUCGUGUUCGGCACGACCGCUGUCAGCCGUCGUCGUGUCGAACACGAUCGUCGUCGUGUCGGACACGACCGCCGUUCGAUCGUCAUCGUGUCGAGCACGCCCGCCGUCGUGUCGAACACGAUCAUCGAGGUGUCGGACACGACCGUCAUCUUAUCGAGCACGACCAGCAUCAUGUUCGACACGGCAACGUACGGUGCAGGUUCAGGGAAGAAACAAUCGUCGUCGAUGACGCAGUCCCCGAGUGGGGUCGAACAGGGCACAUCGUUCGUGUUCGACACGACGGAACCGACAUGUCCGACACGACGGAACCUCGGAAGACAGCACCGUCGUCGUGUUCGCCACGCCAACGGCACUGCAGCUCCCGGGUUCCAGGAAAGAAAAAACCGACUUCGUGUUCGACACAACAACGGACGCUGCGGGCUAACUGGUGUCGGCACACGGCACAACGUGUGUCAUGUUCGGCGCGAGCUGUGCUGUCUGCAGACUGUUUACUGUCGUGUUCGACAGGACAAGACCGCGGAAGAUAUAACCGACGAGACAGUGAAAGAAAUGAGCGUCUACUUGUUCGACACUGCCACGGUCGAUACAGGUACCGCGUUCCACGGUAGAAACAACCGUCAAGCACGACCGUCUUCUUCAUUUCCAUGUCGUCCUCGUGUCGGACCCGUGGACGGGUCACGAUCAGGCAGUCCCCAAGUCAUGUGGGACACGACUCAAAGCACAGCGUCCGUGUUCGACACGACGGGACCGCAGCAAAAAACUAUUGCCGUCUUGUUCAACGCGACGACGGUCGCUGCGGUAGCUACUCUCCCGGACAACCCUUAUCUUCCAUGUCGACGUCGUCCCGCCGGCACGGGUCGGAUCGGACCACCACCUUGGGGCGCACUCCUGCUCGUGGGCGAUCUGCCACAGUCACUCCCGUUCGAGAGAAGUGCUUCGACUUGCAUGCGUGGCAAACAGUCCUGUGCGAGUUGCACCCGCAGAACAUAGUGCCCGGAUGACUGUCUUUUAUCUUUCAUUACACUGAUUGUGAAUUGGAAGAUUGUGAUAAUAUGAAAUGGAGUCCCUUUCGUGCUGGACACCACGGUCGCGUUACCACGGUCGUUUGCCUGCUCAGUCUGGGGGUCUAGGAGCCCGUCGUGUGCCGUCGCUAGAGUUCCUCGACCGACAUCGUGUUCGAUCUCUGCACAAAUUUUGCUUUGAAUCCGCAGAGUCUAGUCCCCGAAAAUCAAGAGCGGGGUCUCUU